UUGAAUUUUCAGUGUACUUGCCGGGACCCAACCGACCAGUUUUGUUUCGUUUUUUCAGAGAGCACACGUUUUAGAGAGCACAUACAUCUGAAUUUUCGUUGGAAAAAAAUCUAUAUAGUUUUUAUUUCCGUUGAUUAAGUUCGCUAUGGUGGAGAAAAAGAAAUCGCUUCGACUGCUGCGAAUGGUGCGCACUUCCUUCAUGAUCAUCUAUAACGAUCACUUCUGUUGGACCUUUAUCAAGAGCUAUGGACUUUUUGCCUUGGCCGUCCCGCUGGCCAAGUACUUCGAUGGCUUUCAAGUCUUGCCCCCCGGUGGCAUUUAGUUGUUUAGUUUGCGAGCGGAUUUGUGCCUAAUAUGCCAAAUGUAAAUUAAAUACCAAUUGAUCAAGUCAAAA